AUGAAUAGUAAGAAAAAACUAAUUAAUUAAGACUUAACCAGUACAGAUAAUCAUCAAUAAGACCUAGAAGCAAAUGAAGUAAAUCUCAAAAUAUCCCCUCAAAAAAGUAGACUUUAGCAUUCAAGUAGUCAAGGAUAAUUCACUGAGAGGCAGUAGCUAAGAGAGAGCAAAAAGAUUUUGAUAGGACUUUCUAAAUAUGACUGUAGUAUAUCAGAUUUUACCUUAAAUGAGAAUAGUAAUUUGUAGUAAAGUUUAUCCUACCUUGAUAAAAAGACCAUUGAAUAGUAUCAUCUAGACAAUAAACAGAUACAGAAAAUGAUGAGUCAAGUUCUGGAUAUGUCACAUACUACCAGCCAAUAAAUAGAAAACUUAAGAUUGGGUAUCAAUGAUGCUAUGAGAAAAGUGCAUAGAAUCUUAUGUGACCACAAUCCAAAUUAAAUGACAGAGGUCAGCUCAGCCUAAAAAUUUAUACAAAAAAUCAGAAUACUAGAGGACGAGCAUUAUUAUUAUAAAAUAAACAUUUAAGAAGAGAUUAGACCAUGUAGUAUAACUUUGAAACUGGAUGAGGGAUAAUGUAAUAUAUAUGUCUCUUUCAGAAAUGAAUAACCUUCUAAGCUGAUUCAUGAUUUUUAUCUUAAGAAGCAAACGAAUAUUAUUUUUCCAAGUUCAUAUAAAGGCAAGCAUAUGUUCAUUUGCAUUUAAGGCAUAUUUGAUAGCAAUGGUGUUCUGGUUAUUAAAUUCCUUGAAAAUGAAAAGAAGAGAUUUGAGAAUCUUCACAACAGUAUCCAGGAAAUGAUAGAAGAUAAGAAAACUUAUAACGAAUUCUAAAAGAUUGUAGAAGUUAUACAAGAGAGGAGAAAGAAGUAGAGGCGACAAGGGAGAACAGUAUCCCAUGAUGAGUAUUUAGUAAAAUACUAAACUUAUAAAAAAUUUGAAUAGGAGUAAGAGAAACAAAGGAGAGAAAUGGCUAUUGUUAGAAAAGAAUAGAAUGAAGAGUUACAGUACUAAAGAAAAAUAAUGGACAUUAAUAGAAAAGAAACUAGAAUACUACAGAAACUUGAGCAGUAAAGGAUAGAGAGGAAAGUCUAAAGAGAGAAAUUGAAAGUAGUUGAGUGGAUAAGAUGGUACCAUUUGAAUUAAAUCUUGCAGAGAUACAGUAAGAGCUAUCUCUAUAAAAGAGACAUCAACUUCAAAAGAAUAAGAAGAAUAAUUAUGUGUAAUAGAAUCAAGAGAAACAUUAAGUGUCAUUUAAAGAGAUUUGGUGAGGAUUUAACUGAACGUCUUCAAUUUAAAUCUUAAAGAAUUUUGAGAUUCUUAUCAUAAGUGACACUUGAGACAUAGAAUUAAAGAGCAUCUUAGUUAAUAUGCGAACUAUUGAAAGAUACAGCUCAAAUAUAUCAGUUGAAGCAAAACAUGAUAUUGCACAACAAGCGAGUAGUAUACAUCCAGCAAUUCUGGAGGAGAAACGUAAAAACCAAGAUUGUGUAGAGAAUGGUCUAACUAGAUUAGUAUUGGUAAAGAAUCGUAACUGAACUUAACAAUAUUUCAUCUGAGAUCACUAAGUUCAUUAAAUUUGAGUCUAAAAUGCCUCCUGAAUAAAAAAAAAAGGUCUUGUUUGAAGCUGUGGUUUAGAGUUUCCAUAAAUUCAGAAAGCAUUAUGUGGAGUGGGAAAAGGAUCUUGCAACAAAACCAUCAAAUGUAUAGUUUGCAAGUAGAAUACUUGAGAGAUUUACCUCUUUUGUUUGGAAUGAAAGCUACACAAAGCAAAGAAUAACUCUUGAAUUGAAAAAUUAUGUAGAAAAACAUGGAACUGGCAAGAAUAAAAAGACAUAGCUAUAGAGGUAUAAUACACUUAUCAACAUGAAUGAGACAAGCAGUAGCUAUGAAGUUAACAAGGCAAAUGAAACAAUGACCUCACUUAAAAAAAUACAAAAAAGAAAUUCUGAGUUUGAUAGAGAAAAGCAGCAAAUGAUUGAGAAUUUUAUCAAGGAGUAAUAGAAAAAAGCUCAGCCUGCUCCAAAGUAAGAGCUUAUUAUUCCUGUGCAAGAGUUUAUAGCUCAAAUUAAGCAGGUGCAUGAGGAAUUAUUUGGAAGAACUUUGUCAAAUAUGAGCAAAAAAUAAUGA